UGCUUCAUGAACUCCAUCCUGCAGUGCCUGAGCAACACCAAGGAGCUGCGGGAUUACUGCCUGCAGAACCAGUACCUGCGGGACCUCAACAACAACAGCCGCAUGCGCACCGCGCUCAUGUCAGAGUUUGCAAAGCUGAUUCAGCUGCUCUGGACCUCGUCCCCCAAUGAGAGCGUGAGCCCCUCUGAGUUCAAGACGCAGAUCCAGAGAUAUGCCCCCCGCUUCGUUGGCUACAACCAGCAGGAUGCACAGGAGUUCCUGCGGUUCCUCCUUGACGGGCUGCAUGGUGAGGUGAACCGCGUGCUGGUGCGGCCACGGGCCAGCACAGACACCCUGGACCACCUCCCUGAUGACGAGAAGAGCCGCCAGAUGUGGAGGAGGUACCAGGAGAGGGAGGACAGCCGCAUUAGCGACCUCUUCGUUGGGCAGCUGAAGAGUUCACUGACCUGUAGUGAGUGCGGCUACUGCUCCACAGCCUUUGACCCCUUCUGGGACCUGUCCCUGCCUAUCCCCAAGAAAGGCUACGGGGAGGUGACCCUCAUGGACUGCCUACGGCUCUUCACCAAAGAGGAUGUGCUGGAUGGGGACGAGAAACCGACAUGUUGUCACUGCAAAGCCAGGACGAGAUGUACAAAGAAAUUCAGCAUCCAGAAGUUUCCCAAGAUCCUGGUGCUUCACCUGAAGCGCUUCUCAGAGGCCAGGAUACGAACGAGCAAGCUCACCACCUUCGUCAACUUCCAGCUGAAGGACCUGGACCUCCGCGAAUUUGCCUCACAGAGCUGCAACCACGCUGUUUACAACCUCUACGCCGUCUCCAACCACUCGGGCACCACCAUGGGGGGACACUACACUGCCUACUGCAAGAGCCCCGUCUCCAGCGAGUGGCACAGUUUCAACGACUCCCGCGUUACCCCGAUGUCAUCCAGCCACGUCCGCAGCAGCGAUGCCUACCUGCUCUUCUAUGAGCUGGCCAGCCCGUCUUCCCGCAUGUAGCCAGCCCUGCCUCCCUGGGGACACCCUGCGCCACCCCUCAGAGCCGGCCCCUCCAGGUUUCAGCCAUUUGCCCCCCAGGUGCAAGAGGGAGUUUUUUUUGGUUGGUGUGUAAUAAAAGCGCUGAGCAAGGGACUCUGCGGGCAUGGGGCUGCCUGCCCCAUUGACUCAGCCAGGACCUCUGCUCCCCUGGAGGAGCACCCAGAGCUGGGGACCCAGGAGAGACUCCUCCUCCUCCCGGCACUUCCGAACCUCCUGGCAAAGGACCCCAGCCCUUCAGUUGCCUCCAUCCCAUCUCAGGCAGCACAUCCCCACCAGCUGCCCCAU